AUGGCCGGACGUGAGAGGCUCCAUGCACCAUGCACCACGCACCCAGCCACCACCCCCACGUCGCAUGACAAGUGGGCUCCGCAAGCCCCUCCUCCGGCGCGCGCACCUAAACUCCGCGCUGCCUCUUCUCACUUCCACACUGGGCCCGACGACUCCGGGGCCCGCGGGUAUCAUACAAGUGGAAUGACCAAGCAAGAAUUUGGGAUUGUUAGCUCAGAGGAUAUGGCUGAGCACACUCACGAAGAUAGAUACGCUAAUGUUGAUUUAGUUUGUGCUCUGUGUGACAAUGGAGCUGUGAAGGCCGUGUCUGAGGUGAUGAAAGUUUUUAAGUGCAAGAAUUGUGAGUAUGGAAAAUAUCAAUGCUUUGCCUGUGGAAGGCUAGGUUCAGCUAAAACUAAUCCUCCAGAGGUGUUUCCAUGUGCGUCUUCAACUUGCGGUCACUUCUAUCAUGCAAAGUGUGUUGCUCAGUUACUCUUCCCUGAAAACAGGGCCAAAGCAACUGAGUAUACAGCAAUGAUAGCCAGUGGGGGCCCAAAAUUUGCAUGUCCCCUCCACAAAUGUGGCAUCUGCAAGUACAGGGAGAACAAAGAGGAUAAAGAGCUGCAGUUCGCUGUAUGUAGGCGGUGCCCAAAGUCAUAUCAUAGAAGAUGCUUGCCAAGAAUGCUGAUAACAUUACACUGGAAAAAGGUGGAAGAAUCUGUUGAGGUGGUUAAAGAUGCUCUGCAUAUGUUAGAAUAUGGUGCAUCUAUAGCAGAUGCCAAAUCUGUCUGCCCACCUCAUGUUCUGUUUCAACUUGUAAAGUGGAAGAACAAGCUGAAUGUAUUUCUUGCACCAUUUCUUCAUGGCAUGCGCUACACAUCUUAUGGGCGCCACUUCACGAAACUGGAUAAACUCCAGCUGGUAGGUGCAACCAUUAGUCCUUAA